AUGCGAUCCCUCUUCGUCUUCGCCCUUUGGAUUAGUGGUGUGCUACCCGCCACUGCUGACCCCGACUCGAGCACCAGCGAGUCAAAGGGCACGGCACUUGACGCCCCUGCAGUCGAGUCCAAGUCUUUCGUUGACGGAAAUCAAGAAGAUCGGGAUAUUUGGAGAAGCGUUCUUCUCGAUGUGGCCGAGAGAAUCAAGCCCGACAUGUUCAAGCACCGUGGCCGUCCCGCUAUUACCAACACGUACCACCAGCUUGAGAAGCCCAGAAAGAUCAAGGUUGGUCGCCCCGUCUUUCAAAUCCGCAAGGAGAACCCCCACAAGGCUGACUUGGAGGCUUUAGAGUUCGAUGAAAUCCUUAGCGUAGCUAAAUUGUUCACUUUUGGAGGUAAAAAGGUCCCUCGCCACAUCAAACAAGCACUCGACCAAGCGGCGGUCUCGUACGUUGCAGGCCUCUCUUUUCCUGUAAUGAUCGAAAGAAACACCAGACCCGACUUCCAAAGCUCACAAAACAGAGCUGUACUUCGCGAGAUGGUAAAAAAGUAUGGUAGAGAGAAUGUAGCGUUCAUGAUCUAUCGUGCAAAGCAGUCGCAGACGACUAAGAAGGUGGCAGAGGCGUUGGAAGCGAUGCAGUUUUUCGAGUGGGACACAGAUAGGGUCACUAUUAAGGGUGCUGAAACUAUGCUUGAGAGGUUUGAAUUUUUUGAGCUUGGUAGUAAGGCGGGGGCAAAAACGAUCCUAGAAGGGUACAAAAAAAGUCCACGCUCAGGGAAAGACAACGCCUAA